UAAUUCCAAGUGCAACUGCAACAAAAAAAUGUGUGAAUAACAACAAAGACGAGCAACGAUUGGAGUUGAUUGCAAUGUAAUCGCCUUUAGUGCGACUUUGGUGCCUUUGUUUUGCUUACUUGUACAACUUUCGGUUCGUGAUAAAAUUGCACCGCUUGCAACAACAAUUAAAUGCUUUGUUUUUGCAUCUGUGCGUGCCCCAACGAAGUUUUAAACGCCGCGCCUGCCGUAAAAUUAGCAGUUUGCGUUCGGGAUUAUUGCGUCACCGCUGUCUCUGACACGGACCAGUUCUACCACCACCGGUGACGAGUGGAUUUCGAGAUCAGCUGAUAGGCGGUUCGAAGUAUUGCAGGCAGUAUGUCAUCGCCUGGGCUGGCAUCUGCCGGCUCCUCUACGUUGGAGGGCACACUCAGCAAAUGGACAAAUGUUAUGAAGGGCUGGCAAUAUCGUUUCUUUGUUCUGGAUGAGAAUGCGGGUCUCCUGUCCUAUUACACGUCCAAGGAGAAGAUGAUGAAGGGCGUGCGGCGUGGCUGUGUCCGUCUUAAAGAUGCAGUCAUCGGUAUUGAUGAUCAGGAGGAUAACACAUUUACCAUCACCGUGGAUCACAAGACAUUUCACUUUCAGGCGCGACACUGCGAGGAGCGCGAGCAGUGGGUGCGACGUCUAGAGGACACAAUACGACGCCACGCGAAUCGUUUGCGUCUUUGGGACAGUCAGAGCGCUUUCUACAUCGCCGGCGGUUAUACGAAAGAAACGAGUGGCAAACGCUCCAAUCAUUUAGAGUUGUUGGCACGCCGAGUCUCUGAGGCGGACGCCUACCUACAAUUGAUGAUUGAGCAAACAAAUGCGCUUGACAAACGCAUUGCUGAGCUGAGCGAUACCGAGGAGCAAACGAAGUGCAAGGCGCUGCAAGAUAAUGCCAGUGCCAUGUUGGAUCAUAUCAAGCACUCGAUUGUAAGUUUACAAAUAGCUAAAAAUAUGGCACACCCCAUAAACGGCAUAUACAACGGGCCCACAACGAUGGUAGCGUCGGGCGGCGACGGAAGCGGAAGCGUGGAAACUGUAGCCAGCACAGCGACAAAUGCAAUGGCAGCGUCGGGGCUUAAGGCCGAACACUUGGGUAGUGCUAGCAGCGGUGCCGGCGACGACGAGGAUGACUCAACGGCGGAAAACGCCUCUGUAAUAACAACAGAUACAACAACUGUUACGCAACAGCUUCCAAAUGCCACAGCCACACAGGUAUGGCUUGCCAGGAGCCCUGAAGAGUCCAUUACGGAUGGCAUAGCCUUUGGCAUAUGUUGCAUUGACUCGAUGCCUCAACAACGAUUACGAAUUGCGGCCGCCACCACAGCGCCAUUGGGCCUAGCCGUACCUGAGACCUCUUAUUCGAGCAGCGAAGGCGAAGAAGACUUCUAUGAUGCCUACGAUGACCCGUUCACGAGCCUGGCCAGCUCACCUAGUGCCUGUGCCACGCGCGGCUUUGCAGAGACGUCGCCAACGCACGAAAAGUCGCCGGACAGCUUCGCCAGCGCCGACUUGGCCACACAGGCGACCCUCACACCACAAAAACAACAGCAGUCAACACUGCCCGAAAUCGAUGAGUACGAGACGGCAGCAAAUAAUGCGGCAACUACAACACCGACAAGAGCAUUGGGGGCCAUCGCUCGUACGCCUAGCUAUGACAAUGGCAUCGAUUACGAUGCUUUGUAUGAGGAGGAGGAGGAAACUGACCUCAGCAUGGAGGCACAUGGUUCAAUGAUUACCCAUCUGUUAUCCCAAGUAAAGAUUGGCAUGGAUCUGACCAAAGUGGUGCUGCCGACAUUCAUUUUGGAACGUCGUUCUCUUCUCGAGAUGUAUGCUGACUAUUUUGCACAUCCCGAUUUAUUUCUCAAAAUUUCUGAAUUGGACAGUCCACGUGAUCGUAUUGUCCAGGUAUGUCGUUGGUACUUGAGCGCAUAUCAUGCAGGACGUAAGAGUGCGGUGGCAAAGAAACCCUACAAUCCCAUCUUGGGUGAGGUAUUUCAGUGUCACUGGGAUAUACCAGGUGAAGAUGAAGAUGCGCUUGCAGUCAGGGAUGGACCCAUACCCUGGUGCCGUCGGGAUCAGUUAACAUUUUUGGCCGAGCAGGUUUCGCAUCAUCCGCCAAUUUCGGCAUUUUAUGCUGAACAUUACAAUAAGAAAAUCACAUUUGCCGCACAUGUCUGGACCAAAUCAAAAUUUUUGGGCCUAUCAAUUGGCGUUCAUAAUAUUGGAGAAGGCAUUGUGACAUUGGUGGACCGCAGCGAGGAGUAUUAUGUAACAUUUCCGAACGGUUAUGGCCGGUCUAUAUUAACGGUGCCUUGGAUUGAGUUGGGUGGCUCAGUUGAAAUCAAAUGCCCCCAAACAGGAUAUUAUGCACAUGUUGAGUUUUUAACCAAACCCUUCUAUGGUGGCAAACGAAAUAAAGUGACAGCUGAGAUUUAUUCGCCAAACGAUAAAAAGCCCUUUGUUUCAAUUGCUGGCGAGUGGAGUGGUCUUAUGGAGGCCAAGUGGCAUGAUAAGAAUAAAACCGAAGUAUUCGUUGACGUAAAUCGCAUACCCAUAUUUAAGAAACAAGUUCGACCAAUCGUCGAGCAGGAUGAAUAUGAAUCGCGACGUGUUUGGAAGGAAGUGACGGCGGGACUCAAGUUUAACGACAUCGAGCGAGCCACCAAUGCUAAAAGCAUUGUGGAGCAAUAUCAACGCGAUCAAGCCAAGGUUCGCAAGGAAUAUGAUUUAGCUUGGGAACAUAAGUACUUUAAGCCCGUGGGUGAUAAUUGGAUAUACACGAAGCCCCUGAGCCAACGCAUGUACUUGCAAGAUAAGGAGUCAAAGAGAUAAUGCAUGAACUGAGAUUUCUUCAAUGGCAAAAAUAAGAACAACACCAAAAAAAAUCCAUACAUAAUUCAUAUCAAGAACGCAUGCAUAACAUAAUAACAUUGAAAUAUGCAAUUUCCACAAGUGCGCAAACUUAUACAUAGAUAAACAGUGACGAUACAACGUAACAAAUGCAGGAAAGAAUUCAAAAAGAGAGAUUUAAUAAAUGUAAAUAUUUUGAAAAACUUAAAGCCAAGCCUAAAAUGUCCAACAACACAGUUUUGAAAAACAAAUAUAAAAUUAAAGUAUACAAGCACAUAAAAAGAAGAUGAUAACGUGAAUAUUAAUGCUAAAAUAAUGCAAUAUGUACUAAACAAAAAAAGAUCAAACACUUCGAAUUAGUCUAUACACUCAAGAGCAACUACUAGUGUGUUUCAAAGGCAAUCGCAGUUAAAUGCAAAAUACAGAACACCUAAGGAAUACCUUUUACUUUAAUAACCAACAAGCAAACAGCAAAUGAUGGGAUAUAUCAAAGUUAUAGAGUACGAAACGUUAGAGAUUUAAGCAUAGAAAUUCUAUUUUUUAAAUAAAAGACUCUGCUAUAGACGAAAUACAAUACAGAAAAUUAGCAACUAAGCUAAAGACGAUUUUACCAGCAAAACAUCAACUGCACAAUUAUUUUUGCCACGUUUUUAUUAUUUUUAUAUUAUUAAAUGAUUUUCACGAAUACAAUCACUUAAGUAUUAUAACAUAUUCCGUUUAAAAUUCCAAUGUCACAAUGAAGAAUAAAGCUUUAUAAACAAACACAGCGAGUUUUUAAAGCUCAAUUGAAACAUACAGUAAAAACAUAACUACACAAUUAAAUUUAACUAUACCUAGCUAGCCUAAUUUUAAUUUAUGUAUAUGCAGGCACUUGCCACAGGCUUUAUGCAAUACAAUUUAUAUACCCACAACAAAGUUCUAUUCUUUGUAAACUACAGAUACUCUCAAGCAAAGUUAAAGCAAAAUGAAACGAACGAAGUAAAUAAAGCUUCUAAAAUUGUCUUAGGUACAUACACAAUACAAAUAAAGGACCUUAAAAAGCAA